CCUGCUCGCCCCGUCCAUCACGGGAGCCCCGCUCACAAAGAGGCGCGGCGCUAAUUGAUCAUUAACCACUUAAGGGCACCGCUCGGUGAGGCAUCACGGGCACAGGGAGCGUUCCGGUCAACCCAGGAACUCGGCGCAGAAGAGGUGGCCCAGUGUCCCGUGGCUCCCCGUGGUCACCUCAUCCACGGCGACCCUCCCAAGCGCAGCGGGCCGCUGGCUAUGGCGAAGGUGUCGAUGGUGGUGGUGAUGGCAGUGUUGACGGUGGUCGAGAAGCUCGUGCAACUGAGCCGAGCCCAGCAGCUGCCUCUGCCCGACGAGGAGUUUGGCCGGAACGAGAGCGGGGCGAGGAGCUUCGUGCAGGCGCACAGCGCCGCGGCCGAGCUGGUGCUGGAGCGAGCAGUCCUGGCCGCCUGGGGUCACAGCACCAACAUGACCGCCGUCAACCUGGAGCGACUGGUGGAGGCCAGGCUGAAGAUGCAGGAGUUCACCGAAGCGUGGGGCGAGAAGACCAAGUACCUGUACGACGACAUCAGGGACGGCUUCCCCGACGACCUCAGGCGCUUACUCAGGGAGAUGAGGAUCUUGAGCAGCGCCAACCUCGACCCCGCGGCCAGAGAAGAGCUGAACCGGGUCAUUCUGCAGAUGCAGACGACGCACAGCACAGGGGCGGUGUGCAAGCCGGGCCACAGCUCAGGGCCUGACUGCUUCCCCUUGGAGCCAGAACUCAACGACAUCAUGGCCACGUCGCGAAGCUACACGCAGCUGCUCUACUACUGGGAGGGGUGGCGCAGUUCCGUGGGACGUCCCCUCCGCGCUCCGUACGCGCGCUUCGUCCAGCUCAGCAACGAGGCGUCGCGUGCCGACGGCUUCGCGGACACGGGCGAGUUCUGGCGCUCCGUCUACGAGACGGAGACGUUCCGGGCAGACCUGGAGCGCCUGUACGACGAGCUGCGGCCCCUCUACCUGCACAUGCACGCCUACGUGCGGCGCAGGCUGCACCGGCGCUACGGGAGCGGACUCGUCAACCUGCGCGGCCCCAUUCCCGCGCACCUGCUCGGUGACAUGUGGGCCCAGCAGUGGCAAGGCAUCUACGACUUGGUGGUGCCCUACCCCGGCAAGACCAGCGUGGACGUCACCAGCGCCAUGGUGCAGCAGGGGUGGAACGCCACGCACAUAUUCCGCGUCUCGGAGGAGUUCUUCACCUCGCUGGGCCUCAUGGAGAUGCCCCCCGAGUUCUGGAACGGCUCCAUGCUGGAGAAGCCCGUGGACGGGCGCGAGGUCGUGUGCCACGCCUCCGCCUGGGACUUCUACAACCGCAAGGACUUCAGGAUCAAGCAGUGCACGUCGGUGACGAUGACCGACCUGGUGAAGGCGCACCACGAGAUGGGCCACGUGCAGUACUUCCUGCAGUACAAGGAGCAGCCCGUGCCGUUCCGGCGCGGAGCCAACCCGGGCUUCCACGAGGCCAUCGGCGACGUCAUGGCACUGUCCGUGGCCACGCCGCGUCACCUGAAGAAGAUCGGGCUGCUAGAGCCCAGCUACGUCGAGGAUCCAGAGAGCGACAUCAACUUCCUGCUGUGGAUGGCGCUGGGGAAGAUCGCCUUCCUGCCGUUCGGGUUGCUCGUCGACCAGUGGCGCUGGGACGUGUUCAGUGGGCACACCCCUCCCGGGCGCUACAACCAGGACUGGUGGCACCUCAGGACCAAGUACCAGGGGAUUUGCCCCGGGGUCCCCAGGACCGAGGAGGACUUCGAUGCCGGCACCAAGUACCACGUUGCGGCAAAUUCCCCCUACAUCAGGUACUUCGUGAGCUUCAUCCUCCAGUUCCAGCUGCACGAGGCGCUGUGCAUGGCCGCGGGGCACGCGGGGCCCCUGCACACGUGCGACAUCCACGGCUCCGUGGAGGCCGGCAGCCUGCUCGCGCGAACCCUGCAGGCGGGCUCCAGCCGCCCGUGGCCCGAGGUGCUGCGCGAGGCGACCAGCGCCGAGGCCUUGAGUGCCCUGCCGCUCGUGAAGUACUUCCAGCCGCUGGUGGAGUGGCUCCGGGAGGAGAACGCUCGCAACGGGGACGUGCUCGGUUGGCCCGACUACGACUGGAGACCCCCCGUGCCGGACGACUACCCCGGGAGCCUGGACAAGAACGUGGACGAGCGUCAGGCGGCGGCGCUGCUCGAGGAGUUCAGCGCGACCGCCGAGAAACAGUGGAACGCGUUCUCCGAGGCCUCGUGGACUCUCAACACCAACAUCACGAAGGAGAACGAGCAGCUCGUGCAACUGACCAGCCUGCAGGUGGCCAACCACUCGGUGGAGUACGGACUCAGGGCCAAGGGCUACGACUGGCGCAACUUCCGGGACGAGGGCAUCAAGCGGCAGCUCAAGAGGAUCGGCCAAAUCGGCGUCGCCGCCCUGCCCGUUGACAAGCUCGACGAGUACAAUGAGAUCACGACGAGGAUGGCGAUGACGUACAGCGUUGCGGAAGUUUGUCGGGAAGAGAAAUGCCAUCCCUUGGACCCAGACAUCACGGCUACCAUGGCCAAGUCGCAGGACCACGAGGAGCUGCUCUGGUACUGGGAGGGAUGGCGCAAUGCUUCCGGGCGCAAGAUGAGGAGCGACUUCACGCGCUACGUGGAGCUGAGCAAUGAGGCCGCCCGGCUCAACGGCUACCGUGACGGCGGCGAGAUGUGGCGCUCCGUCUAUGAGACGGAGACGUUCGAGGCGGACCUGGAGCGCCUGUACGACGAGCUGCGGCCCCUCUACCUGCACAUGCACGCCUACGUGCGGCGCAGGCUGCACCGGCGCUAUGGGGAGCGGCUCGUCAACCUGCGCGGCCCCAUUCCCGCACACCUGCUCGGUAACGUGUGGGCCCAGAGCUGGAGCAACGUGUACGACGUCGUCACGCCGUACCCAGACGCGCCGGCCGUGGAUGCCACGCCAGCCAUGCAGAGCAAGAAUUGGACGCCCCUGCGGAUGUUCCAGGAGUCGGACCACUUCUUCCGAUCCUUGGGGAUGAUCCCGAUGCCCCCGGAGUUCUGGAAUAAGUCGAUGCUGGAGAAGCCCGCGGACGGGCGCAAGGUGGUGUGCCACGCCUCCGCCUGGAACUUCCACAACCGCAAGGACUUCAGGAUCAAGCAGUGCACGGUGCAGACGAUGGACGACCUGGUGACGGCGCACCACGAGAUGGGCCACGUGCAGUACUUCCUGCAGUACAAGGAGCAGCCCGUGCCGUUCCGCGACGGCGCCAAUCCGGGCUUCCACGAGGCCAUCGGCGACGUCAUGGCGCUGUCCGUGGCCACGCCGCGUCACCUUCAGAAGAUCGGGCUGCUGGAGCGGGCCGAAGAGAGUUACGAGAGCGACAUCAACUUCCUGAUGAGCAUGGCCCUGGACAAGGUGGCCUUCCUGCCGUUCGGAUUCCUCAUCGACCAGUGGCGCUGGAAGGUGUUCGACGGACGCGUCUCGCCCGAGCAGUACAACCAGGCGUGGUGGGAGCACAGACUGAAGCUGCAGGGCGUGUGUCCACCUGUGCCCCGCACGGAAGCCGACUUUGACCCUGGGGCCAAGUUCCACGUGCCAUCUUGCGUGCCCUACAUCAGGUACUUCGUGAGCUACAUCCUCCAGUUCCAGAUCCACGAGGCGCUGUGCCUCCGCGCGGGGCACACGGGGCCCCUGCACACGUGCGACAUCUACGGCUCCACGGAGGCGGGCAGCCUGCUCGCCGAGGCGAUGCGGCUGGGCGCGAGCCGCCCCUGGCAGGACGCCCUGGAGGUGCUCACGGGGAACCGCUCCAUGUCCGCGGCCGCCCUCCUGCGCUACUUCGAGCCGCUGCUGCUGUGGCUGCAUCGCCGCAAUGGGGAGCACGGGGACGUCGUGGGCUGGCCGAGCUACGACUGGCGCCCGUACGGCGGCUACGGCGCGGCGCCCGUCUCCACCUUCCUGGGGAUGGAGGUGAGCGAGCGAGCGGCCGCGGCGGCCCAGUGGCUGCUGCUGCUGCUGCUCGCGGCCGCGGCGGUGCUCGUCGUCGCCGCCAGCGCCGUCGCCGUCCGCCACUGGAAGAAUCGCGCGCCGGCCUCCCAGCUAGAGAACGCUUCGUGACGUCGCCGAGACGACACCGCCGCCGCCGCCCGGAUACGGCAGCGCCGGUCACCACCACCGCCGCCGCUGCCACUGCCGGUCACCGCCACCGCCACCACCUCCGACAUGCGGCUUGGGAGAUCGGCGUCGCGCAUGUCGCUCGUUUCGCGUCAUCGCACCCCGCCCACCCGCCCGACCUCACGCACCAGGGAGGCAAACGCCAUGGCCCCUCGUGGUUUUUGCACGCUACUCAGCGGAAUUAGAAGCGUCCGCCGAAAGGAAGUUUUGGGGGGCGGGGGGGGGGUUUCUGACGAGGCGCGUCCACAAGACCGUCGCUCGGACGCGUCAGCCGAAUGGCUCCCUUGGAAGCGGCCCGUGACCGCGAUGAGGGGGAUCUCCCCCGGACUACGUUGAACUUUCAUUCGCACCAUACGUAGCCAACCGUGCUAACCGGGAGGGCGCUCCACCAAGGCGGGCUCGCUCGCUCCGGGCUGGCAAGGGACGCCAAGUGACCUGGCGGCGUUCUCACCGGCGUCUGCGUCGUCAUUGGCAGCGUCGUCGCCUCUUUAGAGAGGGCCCACCCCCCCCUCGGGAGGAGCAUGAAGCCGACUGUUUCAACAUUUUCCGAACGCACGAUCGAUCGUCGCUAAUCAUUGCCGCCGACUUUCUUAAAUUGCUAAACGUGCUUAGCUAAAUAAUAAUUUUCCAACUCAUCGCGUAACUUUUGCUGCUGCUGCAGUGAUUUAAGGAGAUAUGUAAUUUAUACAGAAUUAAUAUUUCUUGAACAGGUGACACAAUACAGUUCAGUAGCGAUGGAUGCACCUGUAAUUACCGUGUAAAUCCACUCUUGUCCCCGACUAUAAAUUGAUUCCCAUGAUGAAUCUGCAUGGUGGCCUCCAAUCGAUGCCAUACCAGGCCGCAGGCUUACGAUGCGAUUAGCACGUGGUACCGGCUAACAAGCACAUCCACGACGCAUGCAGUGCACAAUUGCGCCCCCACCUUCACGUAUUCCAUCAGGCCAUUUGGCAUCAGCAGGGCCGUAUUAUCCAAUAGGCGCAGUAGGUACCACGUAGGCACUGUGCCUAGGGCCUAUGAAAAUUAAAGGGCCUACGUAAAAAAACACAUUUGACCAUGUUUGAUUUUGUAUUAUAAAAAAAAUGUAACCCAAGAUAUCUUCUGGAAUAAAUAUACGUAUAUAGCAAGGAUAGGCACACAGCGCACUCCCAUCGAAUUACAGCACAGACUAAAUAAUGAACGCAUCAGCAGUAACGACGUCUGUCUAUUGGCUAGACGAAGUCCGCAUGAAACAAGCGAGUGACCAGCGGCUGUUGUUCUGCCCCAUGGCAGACAUGGGGGGGGGAGGGGGGGUGUGUUUACACAGGAACGUCCUGAUAUGGUGUUGAGUUUGGUCACGUGAUCACGAAGUUACGAGUUAAGGGUCUCGAAGCCACGAGGCAAGGAAGGGGUGUCAGCCAUUACACAGAAUACUAAAUUGAGGCACAAUUAGCGUCGCAGUGAAGACGGGUGCAUCUGUUCAUUAUGGGACUUUAAGAAGCAUUUUCUGUAGGUGCGUUUAUGUUCCUGUAAUACUGGGGAUGCUGUCAUGUUAGGAUUGCCUUUAUAAUGCUGUGAAAUUGUUUUGAUAAAUACGAGGCCUAGUUAACAACGAAGCCUGCCACUUGCAUUAUUGUGAAUGUUAUUUGUAGUUGGAUAAGCCGAGCCAGAUUUGUACCCAUGUAACUUUAAUGCGUUCGUGAGAGCAAGGAUGAAGAAGUAUCUCAUCCACAGUUCAGUGUUAAGUGCAGCGCUGUACAUUUGGGAUGCAGUAUGGUGAUUAUACAAAGUGACCUUAUUUAACACAGUAGCUUGUUGUAUAGGUAUUCAGUGCUAAUGAAGGUGCCUGGUCCAUCCAGGACCUAUUAUUGAGAUUCAUGUUAUCUAAGACAAUGUUAUGAUGCUGCAGUAUUCAUUGUGGAGUGUACUAAUUCACACACACUAGUAGGAGGUACUCCCUUUUAUUCCGGCCUUCACAGCCUUUAGGGGAUAACCACCCACCGGGUCGGGACAGCCAACAUGCUGCCAGACCCCCAGCUUGAAGAGGGUGAAGAUCACGAUGACGACGGCAUGACGGGUUCCACUCCAGAUCGCAGCGGCCCCGACUGUGAGUCGGAGCUCGCCUUACAUCCUGCCCAGCGUGGCCAGGAUCCGCUCUCGGCCCCGCACCCCUCUGGAUCUCCCAGAUUGCUCUGUGCCUUGCCCGCAGGUGCAACUGGUAGAACGGGCUGUUACCCCUAAUUCUAUUGUCUACCAAUCUCCCAGCGGCACGCGCUCCAGUGACUCAUUCCACGCCACUACAAUUGUAUUGAUAUUGCAAGUAUUAACAUAUGCUGUAUUUUGUGCUGUUUUUCCAUCAGGUUUACCUCGUUCUAUUCAUUAAAUACGUUGGAGUCGCAUGUUCACCAUGGCUCUGAAGGUUUAUUGAAUGCGAGGUUAACUACUCGGAUAGUGAUGUAAUGCAGCGCACAGCGAGGCCGAGACAGCUGUAGUGGUAACAUGGAGGCAGCAGUAGCAACUGCAGAAAGCUAUCAGCGAAGGCCUACGAAACAAGUGCCCGGGGUCCUACAAGAACCUUAAUCCGGCCCUGGCCAUUGGUGCCAACAUUUUCCCACGAAUGUGCCGUGCUUCACAGACGGGUAUAGUCCACACACAAGGUAUGCUUGUUGGCGCUCUGCACUUGGAGUGUGCUGGAUGUCGCGUUCACUCUCCACUUUGGUGACGCAGUGCCGUGUAAUGAUAAUAGUUUACAUGUAUAAAGCACCCUUAGACAUUUAAAGAAAUCUGCGUACGAUCAACUCUAGAACUUCACGGAAUAGAUGAGCUUAUCCGGCCUUCACGUUUUGUAGCCUGUGAACGAGCGUGUUGAUGAGCGUGAAGCGAUUCAUAACAUUUGGGGUUUUUUGUUGCCAAAAUUUGCAUUGUCUUUCACAUUCAAAUAAACAUACCACUGAAAAAAUACAUUUGAA